AGCCAAUCAACUGGGUCCAUCCCUUCAAUGACCUCCUUAUUCCAGAGGCUUUCUCAGGCAGCUUCAAUGGAAGGAGGGAGCCAAGAAGGAGGCCUGGCAUAAGUCCAAAGAUGAUAAUUACAACAUGGAUUGUGUACAUUCUCACCCGGAAAGGUGCAGGGUUCCCCUUCCCACCAAAAACCAGUUCGGACAUUGAAGUUGUGGAAAGUGAGGCUCUGUCUGUAGUCCAGCACUGGUUGAAAAAAACUGAAGAGGAAGCUUCCCAGGACAUCAAGGAGAAGAUGUCCUCCAACCUCCCCGCUACUCAUGGCCAAGACGUUCACGUGACCAGAGAUGUGGUGAAGCAUCAUCUCUCAAAGUCUGAUUUGUUGGCAAGCCAGAGUCAAGAGGUUCUGGAGGAGAGAACAAGAAUCCAGUUCAUAAGAUGGAGCCAUACCCGUAUCUUCCAAGUGCCAAGCGAGGUGAGAGAAGAAGCUAUGCGAGAUCGGAUAGAGCAGGUGAGACGAAGCCUGUGCCAUCUUUCGGAUGAAUCCUUUCAGCAGCUUCAAGACAGAAAUUACUUCUCUGAUUGCUGAAGGCUACCUACAGGUUGAUGUCCUUUAAGAUCAAGGAGCAGCCUGUGUCAGAAGAAUGUCCAUCCCCCUUGACCUGAAGAGGGAUCACACCUGGGCAGAGAGAAUCCAGCAGGUGAUCCCUUCAUUGCAACAGUGGCAGCACUGGAAUCUUCUCACUGAACGGCUAAUAAAGAGACAUACUAUUUAA